CUUUGUCCAAGAACCACUUGAAUUUCAAAGAGGAAGGCCUCGGAAUUUCUCUCAAUCUCCUCCCAUGGCGGCUGUUCCUCUUUCCAAUCAAUUCUCUCUUUGCACUCCACCUCGUCUUGUUGAUGUAUCUAUAUCAAGAUCCCCACAAUUUGGAACAAAAAUUAUCACUUUUCAAUCCCACCAACACCCUCAUAUUCGUCAUGCUUAUAAACCCUUUUUAGGGCUUUCUCAAUCUCUCCACUGUUCUUCUCCGGUUAAAAUUUGGCGUUCCUUCAAAUCCUCGUGUACAGCCAAGGAUCCUACUGCUGAGCCUGAUCUUGAAUCAUGCCCAUCAAAUCCAAUAUCAUCCAAAAGACAGUUGUCAUAUGGUUAUCUACCUAGUGAGAACAAACGACUUUUUCUCGCUAAAAGUUUAGCGUCUAGAAGAUGUAGAACACAUUUGACUGGAAAAACUCCAGAGAUAGUUUUGAGCGAGGAAGAUAAGAAGACAUGGGAAGCUUGUAGACAAGCGCUUUUAGGAUUUGAAUUUACUGUAGAGGAGGAGGAUAAAAUAUUAGGAAAAGCAUUUGGCUUUGUUCGUUCCCCUUAUUGGGGAGAAGAACGUGAACCAGUUGUGCCAAAAUUUGAAGAAAUUGAUGCUAUAUUGGUUUAUUUGAGGAGUUUAGGCCUUUCAGAUGAUGAUAUUUCCAAGAUGCUCAAGAAAUUUCCGGAGGUUGUUGGUUGUAGCCUCGAGAAUGAGUUGAAGAUAAACAUCCAAAUCCUGGAAAAUCAAUGGAAWAUAAAAGGAAAAUCACUACGGAAUCUCCUCCUCCGUAAUCCAAAAGUAUUGGGUUAUAUUGUAGAUUGUAAGGGUGAUUGUAUGGCGCUCUGCACUCGCUGUUGGGUUCGAUUUUAGUCAUUACUUGUGUGGACUACCUCCUCGGUUGCCGUUCGAGUCUCCUUAGGGCUACUGAUGAUUAUCCCGAUUGUUAUCCUCAGGSCCCCAUGGAAUAGUCGAGGUGCAUGUAAGCUGGCCCGGAUACUUGGGGUUAGCAAAAAAAACUCUGCAUUUUAAUCCCAUUUUUAUUAUUUGAACCUAAUUCCCUUGUAAGUUAUAUAUUACCCUCUUUCUGCACAAGUUCYUGGCCUGCUAUUAUUUAUUCAUUAAACUCUAAAGUAAUGGUACAAAAUAACAUCAGCAUUUUGUACAUAUUAAAGAAAGAAAAUGUUUUUCUAUCGACACUUAUGACAUGUUCCAUUUGGUUUCCUUCAAAAACUUGUACGGAAAUCAUGUGUGUUUGGUAGGCAGACAAGACUAGAUGGACGACAAUGAGGUAGGUGGGUGAAAGAAUUACAUAYGGUAUAAAUUUGGACAUAGUAGUUUAGUAAUUUGUCGAUCUUUGCUCAUUUUCAUGAUUAUUGUUCCACCUAUUUUGGUGGGACAAAAAAAUUGCAUGUUGUCCCCCUUAGACCCUAUCUUGUCCAAGUCUAAYGUCACAUCGA